CAUACUGUAGCUGAAGGCCUGCAUUUAAGCUGUGCUAAACUGCUGUGACUUGAUGGUAGCUUCCUUUAUAAGGCUUAUCUAGGCAAUAUCUUUCAUGCAUGCAAUGGAAAUGUCACGCUGCUCAUCUGUUUUGUAUAUCAUACCCUACUUAAACUGUUAAACUUGAAAAAUGCAUGAUACUGGCAAAAAAAACACUUAUUCUCCUGAGCUUGUAUCACAAGAUAUCUUUCUUGGUUAAACUUGGCUUGGUCUUUCACAAAACAAAUACGUUUCAGUAUACAAAAAUGUCUUGCAUUUUGCAUAAAGAAUCAAACUUCCCAGGAAUAGAGCUGACCUGUGAAAAACACUUUUAUGCUUUCACACAAUCAAUAAUAAUAAAUACACAAUAAAUAAAAUUACAUCAGCCAAUAGGGGCACAAAUAAAAGUUUCGAUUACAUUUAAGAGAUGUGAUUUAAAUGCAAUGAAUACUAAUUUGAACAUUUAUUCCAACUGGACCGUUUAUAAAAUUAGAUUUGUGGGUUGGACCUGCUUCUGCUAGAACAUGCUUAUGAAUUAAAUGUAGUGACAAGGUUGAAAUGUGGAGAGUACACAGUGAUACUUUCUUCUGUUGUAGAUCAAUGCUGUGCAGAUUACUAUUAGUGAUGGAAUAACUUUCCCAGUUUGAAGAAGGCAAACACUGCAUAAUUAAGGAAACUAGGAUCUUGAUGACAAGAUCCCUGAUCAGGUUUCCAUUCUUGUGAUGCAGUGUCAGGUAACCCAUAAAUGAUUCAUUAUAUUGCCAAACGCAUUCCUAUUGUUCAGUGAUGCUCAGUGCGUCUCCAAAGAACUGAACAACCCUGCUCUGAACUUUGUAUGAUCAAAAAACAUUAAAGAAGUUUUCUUCAAGCUUCUAGCAUGUCAUUAAAGGCUACUUCACAUGGGGAUCUACAGAUUAUCUGCUCUUCUGCUAAAUCUCCGGUGCAGGAUAGCAGGAUGUUAUACAAGUCCUUCUCACUAAGCAGCCAUAACACAAAUGGACAGACGACCAGACUCUUAACCGGGGAAAAAGGACAUGAUGAGAAAGCAAGAGAGCUACGGGCUUUCUCGCCUUUGGAGAGUGGCACAAUCUCCCGCUGUGGCAAACCCAUUCACAUGGUCCGCCCAGUCAGUGCCCUGAGCCCAGGGGCCUCUUUUAUAAAGAUCAGCCAGUUACAGGGGGAGCUGGUAAGAAAACGGAAGGAAUGUGAAGACUUCAAGCUGCAAAACAAAUACUUGUCCAAUGAGAUUCAUAUGGAGAGGGUCAUGAUGAGAACUGAGAGUGAGCUAACCAUGAGGAACCUGAGGCAUUUAAACCAGGACCUCCUAGCUCAGGUGAAAGAGUUGAAGCAAAAAGUCCACAUGUCCCAGCAGAGGGCGACCUUGUGCUGCAGAGAGGCAGAGGAUGCUGAUUCAUCCAGAUGUGAAGCAGAGAGGAGGCGGGCUCAGGCUGAAACACAGGCACAGCAGUCCAGGGAGGAGAAGGGCCUGCUAGUGGCUGACAAUGGCAAGCUAAAGGAGGAAAUCCAGCAGCUGAAGAGCAGGUUAACCGAUGUGCAGCAGGUCUUAGCCCACGCGGAAAAGAAUUACUUUGAAAGUAAGAUCAAGUUAGACAGGAGCACCGUGGAAAAGCAAGUACUACUGGAAGAAAAUCGAGACUUGGAACGGGAAGGAAACAAACUCAGGCACAAACUGAAAGAAUUAACUGAAGAGUCCACAAAGCUUAAAGAGAAGGAGGUGAGCUCCAGGCGCAGGGCUCUGGCAGCUGAAGAACUCUCAGAGAAGUCCAUGAAGGCACAGUGUGAGGUGGAGCGGGAGAAGAGGAUGGCUGAACAUGAGAGACAGGAGAAGGCUAAAGAGAGCGACACGUGGAGACAUAAACACGAUGCCCUGGCAGACAUCCUCAGGUCUCAGGAGGACGAGAAGUCCAAAAGACAAAAUAAAGCAUGCCAAGCUAAUAUCAAGAGCUAUUUCUUAUGUGUCACUGAAAAUGACCAGAGAGUUCGAAUUCUGAAAAAUGAAGAUGGGACACCUAGAAGCUUCCUGGAAGGAGAGCCAGUGUAUCUGUCCACACCUGGCACACAAACUGAAGAGCCAGAAAGACUAAUGUACAGAGUUGCUGCUCCAAGUUCAAGUACUCGAAGAAACUCAUCUCAAGUACAUUUUAGUGAACUUUCACCCAUAGAAAGUCCUGAAAUGGUAUCUCCUCAAAAAAGCAGAAAAGUGGUGGAAUAUUUCUGGCUUCCGACUGAUGAGGAAUAAUACAUGGAUCAUGUUACUAAGGCUGCAUCUUGAACUACUACGAAUAUUACACCUGUGUCACUUGGCAUGAGGGUGAAAAAUGUAAAAUGUCAAAUGUAAAAAUGUCAUUGUUUUACUACA